CUUCUAGUAUUUCCUUUAUAAAAUAUACACGCAGUAGGCGCUUGGCUUUUCUUCCCGUCCAAGCGCUACUUUGAGUUCUUGAAACGCACAGGUUUCAUUUAUUCUCCACUUAGUAAAGACAGUUUAACGCGUUUCGUUGGCUUUAGCGCGUCUUACACAUUACUGUUAAAAGAUAGAAGCACUUAAAGCCACAAGGAUAAUAAGAAAGGAUUUGUAUAGUGCAGCGUUGUGGUGGAAUAUAUUUUAUUUAAUCAUUUUAUUUUUUGAACGGAACAGUAUUUUUGUGUGCUUGUGAAAUGGAUGUUUUACAGAAUGCCAACGAAGUGGAUUAUAGCUACACCUCAAAAGAGCUCGAUGAGUGGUUUGGUUUGGGUACGCCAACCUUCAUAUUUGCGACAUUGUUGGCAUAUCUGCUGUUAAUUUAUAAAAUAUUGCCCUAUUAUAUGAAGGAUCGUGAGCCCUAUCAACUAAAGAGCUAUAUUGUCGUGUACAAUACAAUGCAAAUGCUCUCCUGCAUCUAUAUUAUCACUGGGAUUCUACGCAUAACCUCAACAAGCGUUUUUCGUUUCUGGGUGUGCACCACAUUAGAUUCGAACACUUAUACCGAAUAUCUGUUUAACCGCGUCACAUACUUCACAUUUUGGCUAAAGAUUAGUGAGUUGUCGGAAACGAUUGUAUUCGUACUGCGUAAAAAACAGAAUCAGGUGUCUUAUCUGCAUGUAUUUCAUCACUGCUCAACUGUAACGUUGAUCUAUCUGCUACUGACGGAUUAUAGAGGAUUGUCAGCUUUGUAUCCGAUUUUGCUCAAUUCCAUUGUGCAUGUGAUUAUGUAUGCGUACUACUUGGCAGCAGCUGUGUGUGAUGCGGAAACUAUAAAGCGUUUGACUCCAAUCAAGAAAUCGAUUACAACUAUUCAAAUGAUACAAUUCGUAAUGAUUCUUACACAAGCGUUCAUUUUGGUACACUGUGGCAUAUCAAAGUUUGUUGUAACUUACUAUGCUAUCGUUGUGGUUGUUAUAUUCUAUGGCUUUUAUGAUUUCUACAAGAAAUCAUAUCAAGCAAAUAAUGCUAGAAUUAGUAAUAAGAGUAGUUAACAAUUUAUUGUAUUCAUAAUUGUUUUUUACUUAAAAUUCAUUUAAUGCUUUUGAAUACUCUGCAUUUAAUUAAAUGGUCUUGAAAAUUGUUAAGAUAAAAUUAUAUUUAAAAUAUGUA